CGGGAGUCGCGUUACCGGUGCCGAGCCGGCGGCGGGUGUCCGAGGUCGGUCAUGGCGGCAGUACCGCCGCCCUCCGCUCCGGGAGGCCCCGAGCCUCCCCCGCCGCCGCUGCAGUACAGCCUGUUGCUGCAGCACCUGGUGGGCGAGCAGCGGCGGCCCCGCGCCUGGGACCCCGCCGCCCUCGGCGGCAUCCCCAGCCCGCCCAAGAGCGAGGAGCAGAAGAUGGUGGAGCGGGCCAUGGAGAGCUGCGCCUUCAAGGCGGCGCUGGCCUGCGUGGGAGGAUUUGUUCUGGGAGGCGCAUUUGGUGUCUUCACAGCUGGCAUCGACACCAACGUUGGGUUUGAUCCCAAGGAUCCGUAUCGCACGCCAACCGCAAAAGAGGUUCUCAAAGAUAUGGGGCAGCGAGGCAUAUCCUACGCAAAGAACUUUGCCAUUGUGGGCGCCAUGUUCUCCUGCACCGAAUGCGUGGUAGAAUCUUACCGUGGAAAGUCAGACUGGAAGAAUAGUGUUAUUAGUGGCUGCAUCACAGGAGGAGCAAUCGGCUUCAGAGCUGGUUUGAAGGCAGGGGUUAUCAGCUGUGGUGGAUUUGCCGCUUUCUCCGCCGCGAUUGAUUACUAUCUACGGUAACAAUGGGAUCCCUUGGGAGCAAGUCUCCCUUUUGUUCCAGUGGUGCUGCUAAGAGCCUUCAUCACAGCAGAAGAACCAUCAGGCUUACCUUUCCACUGCCUUUCGAGUCCUGAUCAGUGCAAGCUGGAUGGUGUUGGCUGCUUUUCCUGAAUGACUAACAAUAAUCUGGCUCUGAGCCCUGGCGUGCUGCUUCAGGCAGACUUGCGGGAGUAUGCGAGGAUGGAGCCAGGCGCAGUGAGCAGUAUCUCCAGGAUGGAUCAGCUGACUGUCAGUUUCCAGGAAACAAGCCUGGACUCUGAGUUUUUUUCGAUCCUUUGGGUCUGAUUUUGAUUAAGUCUGUUGCUAGCAUCUUCAAAAAGAAAUGCAGUGAUUCAGGUCACCAUGUAUUUGAACGUGCUGCAAGUGUUUAAAACAGUUAUCAGUUUGCAGCUUGCUACUCUGUUGGGGAGAGGUAAGAUCCUGUGGAGAAAUAGUUUGUUCCAGGCUUUUCUUAAAAUACCAGCUGAAGACAAACCAC